AUGACACAGGCUCAGAAUUAUGUUGUUCCUCCGGGUUCUAAAGUCCUCGUCACUGGAGCGAAUGGCUACAUUGCCUCACACAUCAUCAAGGUCCUAUUAGAUCUUGGUUAUCUGGUUCGAGGCACGGUUCGCACGCCAAUGCCAUGGCUGGCAGAGUAUUUUGAGAAACAGUGCGGAUCAGGACGUUUCGAGCUUAUUAUGGUUUCGGACUUUCAGCAGUCCAAUGCCUUUGAUCAGAGUCUGAAGGGUGUAUCGGGAGUCAUUCAUGUUGCACAAGGCUUACCCUCUAGUAACGCUACAGAAACUGUGGAAAGUGCGACAGCGUAUACUGUGAAUGGGGUCGUGAAUCUUCUCAAAGCAGCAUCCACGGAGCGCACGAUUAAGCGGGUUGUUCUCACUUCUUCUAUUGUAGCGGCAGGCUAUCCUACUGGAAAGGGAUUCAAAUUGGAUGUUGAUUCAUGGGAUGGAAGCCUUGAACAAGCAUCCAAAGAUGGCACUACUGUCCCCAUAUAUCGAGCAUGCAAGAUCGAAGGAGAGAGACAGGCAUGGAAAUGGGUCGAGAAGAACCAGCCACACUUUGAGCUCAACUCCGUUCUUCCAUGGCUUACAUUGGGUAAAAUCCUCCAUCCGAACAUCGCUGGUUCGACUAUGGGAUAUGUUUCUGGACUCCUCAAAGGGGAUACCACACCGUUCAAAUUCCUUCCCCUACCUUGGUUUGUGGACGUGGAAGACACUGCUCGUCUACACACGAUAGCUCUGUUCAGUCCUAGUGUGCGCUCCGAGCGACUCUUCGCCGCAGCAACUCCAUUAACCUGGAAGAAUGUUAUUGAGAUUCUCAAAAGAAUCCAGCCCAAUAAUGGGCGUCUUCCAGUUGCUCCUGUACAGGAAGAACCGACGCUAGGAGAGGUUGUCCCAGCAGCAAGAGCCGAGAAACUGCUCCGUGAUAAUUUUGGACAGAGCGGCUGGACACCACUUGAAGUCAGCCUAGAGGGUGGCAUCCUAAGGGAGUAA